AUGGCGGUCGCUUGUUGGAACGGCGGCAGCGGUCAAAUCAAGCCACGCCAUCAUACCAAAUCAAGCCACGCCAUCAUACCAAAUCAAGCCACACCAUCAUACCAAUUCAAGCCACGCCAUCAUACCAAAUCAAGCCACGCCAUCAUACCAAUUCAAGCCACACCAUCAUACCAAUUCAAGCCACGCCAUCAUACCAAAUCAAGCCACACCAUCAUACCAAUUCAAGCCAAACCAUCAUACCAAUUCAAGCCACACCAUCAUACCAAUUCAAGCCAAACCAUCUUACCAAUUCAAGCCACGCCAUCAUACCAAUUCAAGCCACACCAUCAUACCAAUUCAAGCCGCGCCAUCAUACCAAAUCAAGCCACGCCAUCAUACCAAUUCAAGCCAAACCAUCAUACCAAAUCAAGCCACACUAUCAUACCAAAUCAAGCCACACCAUCAUACCAAUUCAAGCCACACCAUCAUACCAAUUCAAGCCACGCCAUCAUACCAAUUCAAGCCACACCAUCAUACCAAUUCAAGCCACACCAUCAUGCCAAUUCAAGCCAUGCCAUCAUACCAAAUCAAGCCACGCCAUCAUACCAAUUCAAGCCACGCCAUCAUACCAAUUCAAGCCACACCAUCAUACCAAUUCAAGCCACGCCAUCAUACAAAUUCAAGCCACACCAUCAUACCAAUUCAAGCCUCACCAUCAUACCAAUUCAAGCCAAACCAUCAUACCAAAUCAAGCCACACCGUUAUACCAAUUCAAGCCACACCAUCAUACCAAUUCAAGCCAUGCCAUCAUACCAAAUCAAGCCACACCGUUAUACCAAUUCAAGCCACGCCAUCAUACCAAUUCAAGCCACACCAUCAUACCAAUUCAAGCCAAACCAUCAUACCAAAUCAAGCCACACCGUUAUACCAAUUCAAGCCACACCAUCAUGCCAAUUCAAGCCAUGCCAUCAUACCAAAUCAAGCCACGCCAUCAUACCAAUUCAAGCCACGGCAUCAUACCAAUUCAAGCCACGCCAUCAUACCAAUUCAAGCCACACCAUCAUACCAAUUCAAGCCACACCAUCAUGCCAAUUCAAGCCAUACCAUCAUACCAAAUCAAGCCACGCCAUCAUACCAAUUCAAGCCACGCCAUCAUACCAAUUCAAGCCACACCAUCAUACCAAUUCAAGCCACGCCAUCAUACAAAUUCAAGCCACACCAUCAUACCAAUUCAAGCCUCACCAUCAUACCAAUUCAAGCCAAACCAUCAUACCAAAUCAAGCCACACCGUUAUACCAAUUCAAGCCACACCAUCAUACCAAUUCAAGCCAUGCCAUCAUACCAAAUCAAGCCACACCGUUAUACCAAUUCAAGCCACGCCAUCAUACCAAUUCAAGCCACACCAUCAUACCAAUUCAAGCCAAACCAUCAUACCAAAUCAAGCCACACCGUUAUACCAAUUCAAGCCACACCAUCAUGCCAAUUCAAGCCAUGCCAUCAUACCAAAUCAAGCCACGCCAUCAUACCAAUUCAAGCCACGCCAUCAUACCAAUUCAAGCCACGCCAUCAUACCAAUUCAAGCCACACCAUCAUAUCAAUUCAAGCCACGCCAUCAUACCACUUCAAGCCACGCCAUCAUACCACUUGCUCCAAUCAGUCCCCGACGCCCUAAGAACCAAAGAACUGGAUUAG